GGGGAAGAGAGCUUGUUUUUGAAAAUAUUGGCGCUGAUGUGUUAAGAUCUAACGUUAGCUACCGAGUCUAGCUUCACCCGAUUAGCCUUGCCUCAUAAAAAAACAUUGGUGAUUGGAUCCGCAAAUGCAAGUCGACGGUUACUGACAAAAGAGUAACACCUGAGAGCCACUGAAGAGCACCCAUAAUGGCAAGUGAUGUGUGCAGCCAUGUCAAAGUGGUUGUUCGAGUGAGGCCAACCAAUGACAGUGAGAAGUGUGACAACUUCAGGAAUGUGGUUCAGGUUGUGGACAACCACAUGCUCAUAUUUGACCCCAAGGAACAGCAAAUUCCUUGUUUCGGGUCCCAGAGAGUACAAAACAGGAACAUCAACAAGAGGGCAAACAAGGACCUUAAGUUUGUGUUUGAUAAUGUCUUUGGUGAGGACUCUACUCAAGUGGACAUCUUUGAGAACACUACUAAAGGGGUGCUGGAUAGUGUAAUGAAUGGAUUUAACUGCACAGUGUUUGCCUACGGUGCUACUGGGGCAGGCAAGACACAUACCAUGCUAGGUUCACAAAAUGACCCUGGAGUCAUGUACCGCACCAUGAAGGAGCUGUUCAGACGCAUGGAUGAAGUCAAGGAGGACAAAGUGUUUGAUGUUGCAUUCUCAUAUCUUGAGGUUUAUAAUGAACAGAUCAGAGACCUGUUGGCUAAUGUUGGCCCUCUCGCAGUGAGAGAGGACAGUUCAAAAGGAGUGGUGGUCCAAGGCCUCACACUGCAUCAGCCCAAAUCUGCAGAGCACAUUCUUGAGGCUUUGGAUUAUGGGAAUCAAAACAGGACACAGCAUCCCACUGAUAUGAAUGCCACCUCUUCCCGCUCACAUGCUGUAUUUCAGGUUUACUUGAGACAGCAGGACAAGACUGCCAGCCUCAAUCCUAAUGUCUGUGUUGCUAAAAUGAGCCUGAUUGACCUGGCAGGCUCAGAAAGAGCCAGUGCUACUAAUGCCAAAGGGGCACGUUUGCGGGAAGGAGCUAACAUCAACCGGUCACUCCUUGCUCUAGGAAAUGUUAUCAAUGCUCUUGCUGACCCCAAGAGUAAGAAAGCACACAUACCAUACAGGGACAGCAAGCUGACACGACUACUGAAAGACUCCUUGGGAGGCAAUUGCAGGACGGUCAUGAUCGCCAAUGUCAGCCCCUCGUCAAAGUCAUACGAUGACACGCACAACACAUUGAAGUAUGCCAACAGGGCCAAGGAGAUUAAAUCUUUGCUGAAGAGUAAUGUUGUUAGCUUGGACAGUCACAUUGGCCAGUAUGCGGUGAUAUGUGAGAAGCAACGGCAAGAGAUCAUAAAAUUGAAGCAAAAACUGAAGGAAUAUGAGCAGAAGAUGGAUGUCCUGGUGGCUGGGGAUUUUGACACACUCUCUUCUCAGAAACAAGCAGAGUUCAAAAGGGCGUCAGAAGCUCUGCAGCGAAUCUUCUGUAGCCGGGCCCAGAUCAGGAGCGAACAGCUGGAUCUUGAGAGACAGCUGAAGGAGAAUGAGCUGCGCCAGCGCCACAGUGAGGAGGCCAACCUGCAGGCCCAAUCUCUCUGUGCCAAAGAAAAGACUGAGAAGGCUACCUGUAAGCAUGAACGUAAGAUUGCUGCCUUACGCACACAGCAGCAACACAUUCACAAGCGUAUGGAGGAGGCAACAGUGCGAUUCCUGGAGAACGAUGGCUGGCUUCAUCGAGUGGAAAAUGAGAUGAAGUUGUUGGGGCCAAAUGCCCAGGCCCCAGAGGUCUUGGAGAAGGAACUCUGUUGCCACAGACUGGAGCUGCAGGUAAAUGAUCUCAAACAACACAUCAAGCAGAUGGUCCAGCUCACCGUGCUUCAGGAUCAGGAGAACAGCCGCAUGCAGAAAAUACUGAACAUCCUGCUGCCUGCUCAUAAUCGGCACUACCAUGUGUUGUGUGAGGCUGGGCUGGUCACACCAACAGAUGAAAUGGAGAAUCAUGAACUAGAGCAACUUGUGCUGAGGGAGAGAGGCGUGGCUUGGGCAGACCAGGAAGGGGCAGGACAACAUCGAAAAGGGGAGGGGACUGGGAAGGAAUCACACGAGACAAAUGAGGCAAAGACCUCUGGGUUCUGCAGCGAGUUGGCACCUGUCCUCUCUUUCUCUCACCUGUCCUACCACCAGAAUAGCCCCUGCAGUGCAGAGAGAAGCACAAAAAGACAGUCAUUGUGCCAGGCCGCUCCAUCACCUAAAGGUAGAGGAGAUCAAAAGAUAGAGGACGCACCUCCCAGGAAGCCCAUCAGGAGAAAUCUGUCUGCCUCACUGCCACCACAAAGUCCCAGGACUAUCAGCCAGUCCCAAGGAUUUGAGGAGGGCAUGUUCCCACUGCAGUGCACACCAGAACCUAUUCAAAAAUCUGCUUUGACCCUGCCACUCUGCCCCUCUGCCACCAACGAUCCCAACAUGACCUUUGAAAUUCAAGACAGUGAUGAUCAAACAGCAACUAAUGAAACCAUCAUACUACACUCUGGCAGCCCCAGUCAAAUAUCAAAGUCUACUCACCUCUCGAUUUCCAGCCAACAACCCCACCCCUCCAGGAUCAACGAGUGGAAACCAGGUCCCACCAAAAGCCUGCAGAUCCCAUCUUUACUAGACAUGAGACGUGCCAAGCCGCCCUACAUGGCCAUGACCACAGCUGCACAAGGAAAGCGGAAACUCAGCCGGGACGCUGUCCUUGGCUCUAGCAGCCUCAGAGAAGAGGAGGCACAUGGUUCUUCAGCACCUAAGCGUGUGCGACAGGAUCCCUCAGUGGCCAGGAAACCCCUGAGAGUGCAUCGUUUUGCUGGUUCAGAGGAGAACAGGCCCAGAAGAGUCAUGAAGAGUGUCUCUGAAGGUAAUCUCCACCUCCUUGAGCCACAAAAGUCCAAAUCCAUUUUCUACAAAACGUCCCAGCAAAUUAAACGAGUGGCCAAGAGGAUGUGAAGCACCGGCCUGUUGACAUCAGGUCAUCUUGUGUUUGUGGAGACACACACGUGUAUAUAUACACUAAUGUGUACAAUAAAGGAAAGGAAAAAAGAA